AUGUCUUUGGCUCCUAGCAGUCACCCAUCUCUCUGCUCUUCGCCUCCAUUGCCAAGAACCACUCAUAUCCUUUUCUCUUCUAUCAAGCGCGUUGUAUUCAACAACAGCAACUGCUCAUUUUGGAGCACUUCUUCAGUCUCUUUCUGCUGUGCCAAGGCGCCAAAGCCACCGGUUUCGGUUGUCAAAGCAUCGGAAACUGAGUCCCAAACGACAAAUCAGAAACCGGAGAGUGAAGAGCAGUACGAGGAGUAUGAGAUAGAAAUUGAGCAGCCUUAUGGGCUCAAAUUCAGAAAAGGCAGAGGUGGUGGAACUUACAUUGAUGCUAUUCUGCCUGGUGGAGCAGCUGACAAGGCUGGGGUUUUCACUGUUGGGGACAAAGUACUUGCCACCAGUGCAGUGUUUGGGACAGAAAUAUGGCCUGCCGCUGAAUAUGGGAGGACUAUGUACACCAUCCGCCAGAGAAUUGGUCCAUUGCUUAUGAAAAUGCAGAAGAGAUAUGGGAAAGUUGAUGAUGGAAGUGAAUUAACAGAAAAAGAGAUCAUUAGAGCUGAAAGGAACUCUGGAGUAAUUAGUGGCAGAGUGAGGGAAAUCCAAAUGCAAAAUUAUUUGAGGAAAAAGGAACAGAAAGAACGCCGAGCAAUGGAUCUUCGUGAAGGGUUGCAACUAUACAGGAGUGCCAAAUAUGAGGCAGCACUGGAGAAGUUUGAGUCUGUAUUAGGAUCAAAGCCAGAGCCUGAUGAAGCAUCAGUAGCGAGUUACAAUGUUGCAUGUUGCUAUGCAAAGCUUAAUCAGAUUCAAGCUGGGCUGUCAGCACUUGAAGAUGCCUUGCAGGCAGGAUUUGAAGACUUUAAGAGAAUCCGGACAGAUCCUGACCUGGCCAAUUUAAAAACUUCAGAGCAGUUUGAGUCUCUGCUGAAAAGGUUUGAUGAAUCGUUUAUAAAUGAGAAUGCCGUCAAUGCCAUUAAAUCCUUAUUUGGCAUGUUCAACAAGAAAUAAAGCAGUGAAUUUGCUUCUGACAAUAAACGAUUUGAGUUGAAGCGUUGCAUACAAGCAUCAAAGAAGUUAAGAAUCUCCUGAAUCAUCUUCAAAGAAGAAGUUACCCUUGUAUAAUUUUUGUUCACAGCUUUGAGGGUGACUGAAGAAAUUCAACAUGAUAUAUGAUCCAUUAGGCAGUAUCUUAUUUGAUUUUUUGUUUUGUCAAACCAUCUUAAUCCAAAUAAAGGCAAAAUUUAAAUAGUGAGGAUCUCA